CCUGAAGAAGUUAUUGACAACAAGCAUGGCUGAUGGCAUGGUAAAAUAAAAAUAAAUAAAAAAUUAGCUGUAAAUUCGAGAUAUUAAUUACAGAUAAACUUCAUUAAACAAGAAGAAAGGAAAUAUAAUUUCAGGCUUCUUAAAAUGUCCAAGAGACCAGAACAUCAAGCGCCACCAGAAGUUUUCUACAAUGAAGAUGAGGCACGUAAAUACACCCAAAAUUCUCGGAUAAUUGAUAUUCAGGCACAAAUGACAGAAAGAUGCAUCGAAUUACUAUUGCUGCCUGGAGACCAACCUUGCCUAUUGAUAGACAUUGGAUGUGGGUCAGGCUUAUCUGGAGCAGUUUUGGAAGAAAAUGGACACAUGUGGAUUGGGAUGGAUAUUUCCCCAGCUAUGCUAGAUGUGGCUAGGGAAAGAGAAACAGAGGGGGAUCUUAUCUUAGGAGACAUGGGACAAGGCAUACCAUUCAAACCAGGCAGUUUUGAUGGUGCAGUCUCCGUGUCAGCCAUCCAGUGGUUAUUCAAUGCAGAUAAAAAGUCACACAAUCCCGUGAAAAGAUUGUACACAUUCUUCAGUACAUUAUAUGCUGCUCUGUCAAGAUCAGCAAGAGCUGUAUUCCAGUUUUAUCCAGAAAAUGAAAGUCAACUUGAGCUGCUGACCUCACAAGCUAUGAAAGCUGGAUUCUAUGGAGGUGUUGUGGUAGACUACCCGAAUUCAGCUAAAGCAAAAAAGUUCUUCCUCGUUCUUAUGACUGGCGGUUCAGCUCCAUUACCACAGGCUUUAGGUACUGAUGAACAAGACAAUAACUUACAAAUCAAAUAUGCUAGAAGGGAAGCGUCUAAAAAUGCCAGAGGAAAGCCACUAAAAAAUACUAGAGCGUGGCUCUUAGAAAAGAAGGAAAGAAGAAGAAAACAAGGAAAAGAGACAAAGCCAGAUACAAAGUAUACAGGGAGAAAGAGAUCUGGGAGAUUUUGAUUUGUGUAGACCAUAACUUGUACAUAAAACUAUUACUUUGGUAUUAAACAUCUAUAUUUAAAUAUA